GCUGCAGUGAGCGAGUGGAGGUCCACUCAGAGCGGAGGGGUGUGAUCUACAGCCCGUCCUGGCCUUUAAACUACCCUGCUGGAGUUAACUGCAGCUGGCAUAUCCAGGGAGGUCAGGGCGAGGUCAUCACCAUCAGUUUCCGGAACUUUGACGUGGCCGAGGCGGGAAGAUGUUUCGGAGACUGGCUCCUGCUGACUCCUACAAAGACCGGGGACUCCAGGCUGUGUGGCUCUAUGCUGCCUCCACCCUUCAUCUCCACCAGGGGGCGCGUCUGGCUCUAUUUCCACUCUCAUGCCAACAGCUCAGGGCAGUCCCAGGGGUUUCGCCUCUCCUACAUCAGAG